GAAUGGUAUAAAGGGGGCGUGACAGGGAAGGACCGUCACUUGGCUCGUCGGCUAACGUCAAGAAGACAGGGGACCUGGUUUACUGUUGGUAUGAAGCAGGGCAUUAUCCCAAAGAAUUUUCCAGAACUGAAAAAUGAUACCUUUCUGCGGGCUGCCAGAGGGGAGGAGACCCAGCAUGUGCCUGUGUGGUGCAUGAGACAAGCAGGCAGGUACCUGCCAGAGUUCAGGGAGGCAUGUGCAGGAAAGGAUUUCUUUGAGACAUGCCGAUCUCCAGAAGCUUGCUGCGAGUUGACAUUACAGCCUUUGAGACGAUUCCCCUUUGAUGCUGCCAUCAUCUUCUGUGAUAUUUUAGUCGUUCCUCAAGCACUGGGCAUGGAGGUGCUGAUGGUUCCGGGGAAGGGCCCCACGUUCCCAGAACCCCUGAAAGAGCCGGAGGACUUGCUGCGCCUUAGACCCCUGGUGGACGUGGCAGCCGAACUGGGAUACGUCUUCAAGGCCAUCACGCUGACCCGCCACAGGCUGGAGGGCAAGGUCCCGCUCAUCGGCUUCACGGGCGCACCAUGGACACUGAUGACCUACAUGAUUGAGGGGGCUGGCUCCCCCACCAUGUCGAAGGCGAAGCGCUGGCUCUACCGCCACCCAGAGGCCAGUCAUAACCUGCUGCGGCAGCUCACUGAUGUCAUUGUGGAGUAUCUUCUAGGGCAGGUCAGCGCUGGAGCGCAGGCCCUGCAGGUGUUUGAGUCCCAUGCUGGCUGCCUGGGUCCAGUGCAGUUUAACGAGUUUGCCCUGCCCUACCUGCAGGACAUUGCACGCAGAGUGAAGGAGAAACUCAAGGAGUCUGAUCUGGACAUGGUGCCCAUGAUUGUCUUUGCUAAGGAUGCCCACUAUGCCCUAAAGGACCUCUCGCAGUCCCACUACGAGGUAGUCGGCCUGGACUGGACUGUUGACCCCAAAGAAGCCCGGGAGAGAACUGGAGACCGGGUGAGCUUGCAGGGCAACAUGGACCCCUGUGGUCUUUAUGCUCCGAAGGAGAAAAUUGUUGAGAUUGUGAAGAAGAUGGUGGAAGGAUUUGGUACCCAGCGCUACAUUGCUAACCUUGGUCAUGGGCUGUACCCAGACGUGGAUCCGGAUCACGUGGGUGCUUUUGUGGAGGCUGUUCACACUCACUCGAAGCGGCUCCAGGAACAGAAGUGAAGCCCUUUUCAGAAUGAAGACUGUGGGACAGACUUACAAAGCUCCUGCCCCACUAUGAGAGAAUUGUGAAAUUUUGCAAAAGAGAAAAGAAAGAUGGCAGGCUUUUCUCUAUUAAAAAAAAACAAACACAACACACUAUACCUUAAUUUGAAUAGCAUUACAAACCCAAAUUUAUUUUUUAUAUACUAAGUAUUUCUCCACCACUGUAGAACCACACAAACAGAGUUCACACCCUGUCCUGUGAGCUACCCAGUCCCAGCCCUUUGAAAUAUUGUCCAAAUACAGUAAAUAAUUUUUUUUUUCACCAGAUCAAACCACUUUAGAAACUCAAUAGAGGAAACUUCAAUGUUGAAGACUACAUUAUUUACCAUACAGGCAUAUUGAUGCUGCCAUCAGAGGGAAGGUAGGACCCGAGGUACUUUUAAAAAGGACAAUAAUGGUUAUAGCUGUUGGUUGUAGAUCUUAAAUUAGCAAAUUGUAAGACCAACAGCCUUCAUUUCUGAGGUGCACCAGCUUUUCUGCUUUACCAAUCAUGCAGAAUGAAAACAGUUUGAGAGAACAAAGGGAAUUAUUGUCAAUUUUUUUUGGACCACAGCUGCUGUGGUGUGUAUGAUUAGUUUAUUAUGAAUCUUUUUUAAAAUCAAUUUGCAGAUUACAUGACUGCAGUAAAAAAAAACAAAAAAACACAGUAUUGUCUGUAUGACUGACGUUUCCUGUCCACGUGCCUUCUGCUUUGAAUGUAAUUGCAAUAAUGAAUUUAUACUCGAAUUUCAUAACUCCCUAAGGACACCUUAAAAAACAUGCCUGGGGGGCUUGCCAUGAAGCUCAAUCUUUCAGCAAAUCAGAAACCCUCAAGAGCCAAUCUGCUCCUGGAGACAGCAGGCUGUACAUCAUUUGUCACAGCAAAUACUAUCAGCUUUUUAUCAGAUGUGAGGAUUUUGGAAGGUCUUGGCUAUGAUUGAUUUAAAUAUUAACAAUGCUGAUGGAGAUGUAUGGGCUUAUCCCUGGUGGUUUAUUGCAGAUCCAAACUAAAGAUUUGUGUCAAAACCACAUUGUAUCAUUGGGGUUUAUCAAGCCUGUUUCUCCUCAUACCAAAUCAGGUCUUAUUAUACAGCCUCAGAAAGAACAGCUGUAAACCAUACUGACAGAUUUGGGAGUGUAUCAGUGUAGAUAUAACUGUAAUAAUGUGUAUAGUAGCGAGCACAACACAAAAUAAUCAAAACCUAUUGUCAAUUCCAACUUCAUCUUAAUACAAUACCUUUUAUAACACGUACAGUAAUGUGAAAUUGAAUACAAAUCAAUCCACACGUUUUGUGGCUCACCAUAUGUUUUGCCCCAUUAAACCCCCCUCCCCCACAUACACAACAGAUAGCAGCCGUGGGAAUGAGUGGACCAGGUGGGAAAGCCAAUUAUUCCCUCAUCUCCCUGCAUGUCACUAACUAAAAUCAGCUUUCCAGAGGGUAAACCCAAUCACAGUUGCAAUGAAAGGGAAAAGAAGACACUCAGCAGCCAACAAAAGCAAAUCAUACAUAUUUAACAGCAGGAAAAGCUUGAAGUUCAGAUAUAGAACUCAAAAGAGCCUCAGAACUGAUCAGCCUUAUAAGAUAGAGAUCAGGCAAGGGAUGUGAGAUUUUUAUAUAUAUAUAUAUAUAUAUAUAUAUAUAUAU